CUUUGAAGGCUCAGCACCGGAAGUGAUGCUGUGGUUGCACCUUGUAUAAAGUGUGUGAAUGGAAACAGUGUGUGACAGAGCGGUGUGUGUGUCGGGAGUGUGUCCGCUGUGUUCUCCUCCCUCUAAGAAGUGUGCUGAUGGUUCAUCCUCAGAGGACUUGUUCACACAUGGAGCUUCUUCCUCUCGUGUGUCUCUGUCUCCUGAGCUGCUCUGGAACAACGUCCGCUGAUCCAGCCGGGAGAGUGGUCGUGAAAGAAGGCCGUGAUGUGAUUUUACCCUGUUUUUUCAACGGUGUCGACAUUGAACAAGAGCUGUUGGAGUGGAAGAAAAACGGCCAGACGGUGUUAAAGUAUGAUGCAGGUUUUGAUCGAAGCAACCCGACACUGCUUGACGAUCGUUUCUCACACUUUAAAGAAGAACUGAAACUCGGCAACGCCUCCUUAAAGAUCAGGAAUACAAGGGUGGCUGACAGCGGAAACUACACCUGUGAUACUCCACGUGUUGAGUCUAGUAAAACUGUUCACGUUAAGCUUGUUUGUGGGUGGUGAGUUAACCUCUUGUGGUUCAUUUUGAUUACGUGCAUUUCAGCCUCUUAAUACUGUCAAACUGUUCUAAAACUAUUCUAAAACU